AUGAUUGGAUUGAUUAAAGCUGUGGCUUCUGUCUUGGCUAUUGGCUCUGGUUCAUUGCUUGCAAAUGCAGGACCAAUAGUCUUGAAACCAAGAAGCACGAAUAACUCGGAUAGUUUCAGUAUUAAAGCUCCGCUUGUGGUUCAAACAUCUAGUGGAAUUGUUCAUGGUGCAAUCAACGAAAGUGUCCCCUUGACUCGACACUUUCUGGGUAUUCCAUACGCACAAUCAACGUUCGGUAAGAAUCGUUUCCAAAAAGCACAACCACUUCCUGCGUCCGCAGCGCAACAAAUUAUCCACGCCGAUGCAUUCGGUCCCAAUUGCCCCCAAUAUGAAGCAACCCCUGCAUCUGUCUACACUGACGUGAGACGUGAAUAUUUUAUUCAAGGUGUCAACGGAGAUGAUUGUUUAAGCGUUAGUGUUUGGGCACCAUUGUACCCGACCGAGGACAAAGUCCCCGUAAUCGUUUGGAUCUAUGGAGGUGGUCAGACCACAGGUGGUUCAUCUGUACCUUACCAGAAUCCACAGCGUUGGGUCCAGCGUACUCAAUCGCAUAUUGUCGUCUCAUUGCAAUACAGACUGAACUUUUUCGGUCAACCAAACACACCAACCGAAAAUGCUGGGCUCUACAUUUUUGAUGCUAGAGCUGCCCUCCAAUGGAUUCGAGACAAUAUUGCCGCUUUCGGUGGUGAUACUUCGCGCAUGGUACUUUGGGGCCAAUCUGCUGGAGCUACUCUGACUGGAGCUCUCAGCAUCGAUUCCGGCGCUGUCGAGGGCCAGGGUGUCCAUACCGUUUACACUGAUACCACUCACUCGAACUUUACCUUUUUGGCAAAUGAGCUUGGAUGCACUGGUAAUACCACAAGUCAGGUUGAGUGCAUGAGCACUUAUCCACAAGCUGAUAUCGAGGCGUUUAUUCAAUAUUGGACUGAUGCUGGCAAGACGCCUGCAUUGGUUUUUCAGUCGUAUAAUGAUAACAACAACACAUUUGCGAACUAUACUGCUGCAUAUCUCUCUGGUCAUUACGCAAAGCUACCCAAAAUAUUGGGACAUAACUUGAUUGAUGGAGCUUCCACCGCUGCACUCUCCUCUGGCCCUCCUGACAUCGAGGGACCAACCCCCGAAAAGGAAUUAGCGGCUACGUUACACGUUCGUUGCGGCGUCGUAGCCGAAGCGCAAAUCCGACAAUCUCUCAACGCAACAACCUACCGCUUUGAAUAUUCCGGCAACUUUAGUAAUCUCUCGCCACUCCCCUUCAUGGGAGCGUAUCAUUCCAGUGAACUGCCCAUGAUUUUUGGAACAUAUGCUGAUGUUGGUGGAGACGGAACCCGAUUCCAGAAGGAUACUAGUGAGGCAAUGCAAGAUCUUUGGUUGGCAUUCGCAAGGGAUCCAGAGAAUGGAUUGAGCAACGCGGAGUGGCCUAAAUAUAAAGAGGGCAGUGUGGAGGUACUGGGAGGUGAGCAAAACGGUACCCUAGUUACACAUUAUGCGACGCCAAAGGCGGGGAUCGAGGACGCUUGUCUUACUUAUACUGGAAAUUGA